AUGCCGGUGACGCGCCGCGACUCGCGCGCCUCGGCGGCGGGCCUGGACGGUGGCGUGAACCUCGAACAGAUCCUGGACAACUUUGAGCAGUUCCGGCGGAAACACAUCGCCCAAAACAGAGAUAUCGUGCGGGCCAACACACUGGCGCACCUGCGCAUCCGCGAGCUCGAGACGCGCGUGCUUGCGCUGGAGCAGGAGCGGGCCGAGCAGGUGCUGCGUACGGGGCAGCAGAAUGCGCAGGUGCGCAGGCUCGAGUACGCGCUCGAGUGCGUGCGCGUGGGGUGGGACACCAUGGCACAGGGACUCGCCGAGGCAGGCGUCCACGCACAUACCCGCACCGGCGACGUACGCCCGCUCGACGAGGGAAGCCGGCGUGUAUCGCUGAGCGAAGAGGCCCAGGCGGGGCGCACGUAUGUCGCAAGGACCGUACAGCCGAUGGAAGAGAUCGACGAGGAGGAGGAGGAGCGUACGCCGCUGCCGCUCCUCGCAGAAUGCCCGGCAUCGGUGACACGCCGGCGCUCGCGGCGGUACAGCCACCAGGUCGAGAGGAGUGUGCCGGACGAGCUCGGUGAGGCGCACUAUGCUCUGCAGGAGGACCGCCUCGAAGAGGUCCCAGAGCAGCCGGCGGCCGAGACCAACGCCAGCGCCGCCGAAGCGUCGCCGGCACCGGUGCACAGCAUCCCAGAGAUGGCACAUACCCCGUCCCCUCGCGAGCCGACGCCCGAGCCACCAAGCCCGCAGCAGGAAAACACCGCAGCCCGGCUGGAUCCGGAGCCUGUGCCGCUGCCGCUGACGCCCAAGGUGCGGAAGCAGGAUACAUACCCCGACGACGCUCCGGCGCCGAAACGCGGCCGCAAGAGCCGCAUGUCGCUCGCGCCCGACCUCGACGUGACCGAGCUGCCGGACCGCGCGAGACGUACUCGCAAGAGCGUGAACUAUGCGCUGCCGAAACUGAAUACCAAGAUGCGCAAGCCAGACUCGCAGGGCACGCGGUCCCAGGGCCGUGGGCGCAGCACUACGCCCGAAAGCGGGCAGGAAGAGUCACAAGCAGAGGUCCGAGCGGAGGCGCAUACGGAGGCCCCACCCGAGGCCCAUGCGGAGCACGAGCAUGAUCAGGAGCUAGAGGCACAGGCCGAGGAUCGGGCUGAUGCGCAAGAGGCCCAAGCACAAGCACACACACACACACCGACUCCGGCACAAGCGCCCCGCAGCGCCAAGACUGCGCUGCGCAAGACGCGUGCAACGUCGGCAGAGCCCGUCGCGGAUCCGGCGCGUGCCGAACCUGCCGAGGCGCGUGCCGAACCUGUCCCUGCCAAGUCGCAUUCAGCCUCUGGAUCCGAUGCCACUUUUGCAUCGACUCCACUUGCCGAGCCCACGCCCGCCGCGCCCACGCCCCCUUCUCCGGCUGCGCCCGCGCUCCAGACGCCUGCGCGCGCCGCGCCGCGCCGCACCCGCCGCAGCGGCGCGCCGGAGGCGCUCUUCCCCCCCUCGGCCGCUCCGCCGCGCAGCGCGACGCCUCAUACCAAGCGGCAGCUGCCCCCCUCUGCGCGCCUCGAGAUGCACGGCCCCCCCGCGGUCAAGCCCUUUGCGCCGCGCGGCCAAGCCGCGAUCCUGCAGCAGCACUCUGCACAGACCAUGCCCGGGUGGGCGAGUUCUCUGCUGAAUCUUGCGUCGCCCGAUCCGCCCAAGACGCGUGUGUCGCUCGGCAAAGAGAACAGCGCGCCUGCCAGCCCCACGCCCCGCAAGGCGCGGCGUGGCACGUUGAGCUAA